CUAUAUUUACUAGCCGAUACCGCUGAUAAGAAAGGGGAUGUGAAUCGGCUCGUGGCGAAAGGCGUCGUGUGUGGGGCGGGUGCGUCGAAACUCCGAGUCUCGAGAAGAACCCCUAUCGAUCGAUAGCGACGCCUGUGCAGUGAGCGAGCCCGAGCCACGAUCGACGACCGUAAAGCCCGGGGGAAACAAUCGUCUUUCCGACAUGGCUUGUGUGUCGCCGUCGUUAUUCCCUUCCGUGUGCUCUCGCCAAGUGACUUUGUGAUCCGUACGAGUUCUCUCUCUCUCUCUCUCUCUCUCUCGACUCUGUAAAGAACCUCUCCUGCCCCUCUUUGGACACAAACCGUUCUCAACGGCAGCGCCAACGCGAUGUCAUGUGGCUGAGGGGAUGCGACAGUAGGUGCAACGGGAGUUUGGUGAAUAUUAUUUAUACAAUCGCCUGAGCGCAGCCUUCAUCGGCGAGAACGAAUUCGUGAGAACGCUUGUAAUUAAUUCUAAAGAGGAAGUUUCUCUCCGACGUAAAUCGACUGUGCGUUUUCCGCAGUCAAAUUUAAUUAGCGCAACGCACUGUUGAGAUCGUGCAAAAUAAUUAAUAAUGUUUACAGUUACACGGAGUCUAUGGGAAACCACCAAAGAGCCACAUGUCGAUUAACGUUACCUCUGUAAUUGGCGACGACGAAUUUUGUACGAAAAUUAAUUAAUCGUUGCUGCGGUAAUUAAUUCUAAAAGUGAAAAGUGGAAGGAUUUCGUUCCGCGAUACAUCGACGAACAAAAUUAACAUUUUUUAUUUUCAAAAAUUUGCGAUAUAAUUAAAGAGACACCUAUUAUACGCGUGCAAUUUGGAUGAAUUAUUCCGUAACGUGAGGAAUGACGAGCUGUUGUGAAAUAGACGGGUAUCUAUAGUGCGAUGCACACAUACGUGCGUAUAGAACCGGUGUUUACGUCUCAUCAUCUGCAUCAUAAAAAUAUGAUUUCAGAAUAUUUUGGAAAUGAAUGAACGAAGGAACGAAUUGAACCGAAUCUGGCGGAAAAUCUCGAUAGAAUCUUUGUUUCAACUUUCGCGCUUGCAAAUAUUAUUUUGCUUUCAUUCAUUGCGAAUACGCUUCUGCGCCGUAAAAUUACAAAGAAUACCGGGGAGAGGUCAACUUGAAAAUAGCGAAAAAUUAAUAACAGCGAUUUUAAUCAAGCUUUUUAAGAACAGAUUGUACAGAGAUUGCAUAAAAAUGUGUCUCGGUAUUUGCAACGUAACAUCUUGUUUGUAAUUAAAAUUACCGGCUCACGGGGAAAGUCUGCAGAAUUACGAAACACGUUUCGACGUGUAACUCAUUCGAGCUAGGUGACACUCGGACCGAGAAAGUCGAUACUCAGUGGAUACUACGCGGAUCGAAAUGUCAAUCUUGGGGAAACGUUCUUGAACUUUGACUCCACAACACAGUCAUUCGCUACGUAACGAUGCGUAUAUCGACAAUCUAAUUGCAAUAUGGUAGUCCACUAUUUAGCUAACUCCGAGUUAAAGGCUAGUUUCCUUCAGGUUCUAAGGACUAGGUUCAAUUCUUUUAAUCGCACAAAAUACAAAGACGGAGGGAAAAAGUUAAUCCAGAUAGUGAUUUAUCUCUCAGUCAUGUUCGUUUCUUGCAGGUUUAAUACGAGCAUAAAACGACUGUCAUUCUGGCUAUCAAGGAAGAUCUUCAGAAACGAACGACCAUAUACGUGCGCGAUACAAACGGUGGACAUGAGCGCUUGGCUUUGCUUAGGAUCGUAAAGGCGUGGAAUCAAGUGCGGAUGAUAAUUACUGGGAAGGAGAUAAGCGGCAACGAGCCACGAGCGACGUUGGCACUUGAUCGCGAGAUCCUCCGUCAGCCGUUCGUCCCGAUCGCGUGAAUCGUGCAGUGGGAACUCUUUUCGACCUUUUUAUGCAUCAUCAUCAAUAAUCACGCGAUAAUGUAGCAGUGUUAAAUCGAUUCGGGAAGCGGGAAGAUUAUCAGGUGCUCGGAUGUAACCGACACGCGGAAGUUAAGUUAUAUUUUAUUCAAUACAGCUAGCUAUAUAACUUUUCCCAUUUUUUCUGGCGAUAAGUGAAUUCCGCGAUGAAAAGAAAAAAGAAAAAUGUCCGUCCUCCGAAGCGAUCAUCGAGCCAUUUUUCCUCUUUUUUCAUACGUUGCCAGUCAGCAAGGCUGUGCUGCAUCGAUCGAAAUAAGUGAUAAUCUGAAGGAGCACAGUCUGGUGAAUACGCGGCGCAGUGUGUCGUCACGUUGGCAACGGAGAACGAGUUCAGAUGUCCAGUGUCACGUAAAUUCGCCGCUGCACCAAUUUCUGAGAGGAAUUGGAACGGUCGAAAGCAGCGAGUCCGGAAAAUGUCCGAGAGCGAGACGAAGCCGGCCUCGCCGAUACCCACAGUCACGUGUGCGCAAUGUUGCGGCGGUCUAGCGACCUCGCAAUGUCCAACCCUUCAGGUCACUUCGCGGAUGCUGCGCUCGCCGAGCCACGAGAGCGUCACUACCGAUCUGUCGCUCUUCAGCGUGUCGUCGAUCGCGAGUGAAUUACGCGGUGCCAACAGAUUGGUGACCUUCAAGUCCUACAGCGACGUACAGCUGACCGGACGAGGACCCUCCCCGAAACCGGACUCCGCUCGGCAGAUUCAGGGUAACAGGCCAGCGGACAUCCCCGAGAUACUAUGGUUCGAAGAGGAGAACGAGCUAAUCCGCAGCUGCGGCGUUCUGUCGUCGGCUUUGGGAUUACGCAAGAGCUUUAGCACGAGCGACGUGUCGCAGCUCCCCAGCCCGGACGCGUCCGGACCCGGGGGUGGUCUUCGAACGGCGGUGUCCGCCUUGGCUCUAGAUACCGCCCAGCGCAACACCUUGCUGCUGGAGCACGCGAGACUUGACCAUGCUUCAAGAUCUUGCAGCACGUGGGUCGCGGUGGGCGAACCCGUGGCCAGCACGUCUCAGCUUCCCAGUCCGCAUGGCGGAGCCGCGCAGGAGCAACAGCCGCAGCAACUGCUGCAGCAACCUCAACAAUCCUCCUCCUCGAGUGUUCAACCGAUAGCGCAACAACCACCGCCACAACCCCCGGCACCGCCACCGCCGCCUGUGCCAUUCACCGGAGCGGACCUGGUUCGGUCUGUCAACAAAAAGGUCCGACAGAACUACAUACGACGCAGGUUGCUGACCACGUACCGCGCUUUGGAGCGCCUCUCGCAGAGCGAAUUCAAUUUGGACCAGCUGGAGGCGGCGGCUACCGCGGCGCAGACCUCACACGGUACCACUUUGCUCGUCCCCGGAACAGCCGCAGGAGUACCCGGUGCUUCCUUGAUCGGACGGAAGGAGCGAAAUCACGCGUUGACAGUCCGAGAUGUCGAGAGGGAACGUGGGAAUCAGUUGUCCAAGUACGAGAGGAACAUGAUGAUCUUCAACUGGCUUCACACCCUUGACGACAGCGCGGUCGUAGACAGCGUCGAAUAAAGGACGCAGAGAAACAACGUUUUCUCCGACUAUGUGCGCGACCUAUUGUGCCUAAGUCUCCCUUUCUCUGCGCAAUACCACUUUAACGAGGACAUUUCAUCGAUACGGGCUCCACUACACAACUCUUUACACAUCUUGGACGAUACCGCUAAGACUCAAAGUUUCUGGCCGUCCCAGGCAUGUUCGGCGUAUAUAUAGAAAUUACACGAAACCUUGCGCGCAUCGAGAUCAAUUAGUUGAUUUACAUGCUACCAUCCAUAUUUAACAGACUUCGCAAAAUGUAGCGUAGCCUCUCGUAAGAUUCGCUCGCGCAAAUGCGAGAAAAUUUCUCGAUCCUUUUUAACAUCUGACCUACAUAUAUACAGAGUUCGCGCAUCAUUUCUCAACGACGGAUUCUCAGGCCAAUUACGUUGGUAAAAAUGUUGAGAUUUCUAAUGUCAUCCAGUUUGACCGCGGUGAAGAAAAGAAGCCAGAAGCCGAGUAAGCUGAAGUAAGGCAUCGUGAGGCAUCCGUCCCUUCUCGUCCAGCGAUAUCGCUUUAUAAUCAGCGUCCAAUAUGCGAAAGCCCGGCUAUGCACGUGGCCCGUACGCUUCAAGAUGCAGACCUUUAGAAGUGAAUGGAGGAAUCGCGCGAGCUGGGUGAAUUCCCCCGACGCAAUGAUACAUUAUAAAUAUUCUCGAAUGACGACUUGAAUCUUUCAUUCAUAUUGAUUGGCUGGAGGAAAAAACGAUGUUUGAAAAUGUUUCUACGAUACGUAUUAUGAUAUUUUUAUGGGAGAUUUCAUAUGUGUAGAACUCUUCUAGAGCUCAGUAUUUGCAAAUUUGGUUGCGAAAAGAAGUUAAGUGUAAAUCUAGGCACUAAUCUUAAUAAUUGAACAGAUUCAAUAUGUAACGAGGCUCGUACUGAGGAAGUGACAUAUAAACUAAAAGAGCACAUAUAUAUAUGUGUGUGUCAAGUACUCGGACACAUAUCGAUGAGAAAUUUUUAUUCGAUACCGCAGAAUUGGCAGAUCGGAAGUAAUAGUGUUGUUGCUUUUCACAGCCAAAUUUUAAUAAUAAUUGUAGACCGAAAGUGCGGAUAUGAGAGAGGGAAACGAUCAAAAAUGUUUUUCAUACUCUCGUUUUUUUCUCUCUAAUAUGUCAAUAAUGUUUAUAGUAUCUAUACGAGAGUCAACUCUCUCUUCUAUAUUUACACACGGUAUAUUUUUUUUCAGUUUUAUUUAAAGCUAUCCUUUAUAUGUGCACUUUCUGCCUAUAAUUAGCAUUAAUAACAUACGAGUCUUAUGCAAUGAUCAGCGAUGCGAGGUGUAAUUUAAAGAGCUCUACUUGUGAAAUAUAAAUAAGGCGAUAUGUUGACGCGCGAUUCCCAUAUGAAUGAAAAAGAAAACAAGUCCCUUGAAAUUUCGUUUAUUCAGGACGAUGCACACACACACACACACACACACGUAUAUAUAUAGGAAAUUUUACCGGAAUAAAACGUUGUCCAGAAUACAUGCGUAAAGAUACUUAAUUUCGUGAUGUAUGUUCUUUAAGAGAAGCCUUAAUUGUCCGGUGUAAACAACAAAUCCAGAGAAUUAUUUUCUUAUAUUUUCUGCGUGAAGAAUAUCGGCGAUAGAUGGACAUCAGUAUUACGCGCCGCGACCGUCUGAGAUACCCGACUGUCAUUGAGAUAUAAAAUGAAUGUGCGGCCGCAAUUAAUGCGCUUUCAUGUAUAUUGACUGUUCCUUCCAAAUGUAAUAUUCGCUGACAUGACGAUACUUUGACUAUCUGACACACAGAAUACCGAGCAAAUAAAAAGUUUAUUAAAUAUU